AUGGCUUCUGGUGCUUUGAUGAAAGCUCAGAUGCUUGGCCUUCUGACCAGGUGUCUGCAAUUUCACAUCAUUGGAGCAUUUGCUGUAUCCCUGGGGUUGCAGCUCUCUAAGUUUGCUGUGGCUGAACCAAGAAAGAAGGCAUGUGCAGAUUUCUACAGAGGUUAUGAUUCCGUGAAAGAUUUUGAGGAGAUGAGGAAGGCUGGUAUCUUUCAGAGUGCAAAGUGA